GAUCGCUGGCGCGCGGGUAUGGAGAGCAACAAGCAACCCCUCAAGCUAAUCCGCGGGUCGCAAGAGUUCUGCGAUGUAGCACUCGAUGUCAUCUACUAUAUCAAGGAGUUUGGGUUACUGAGGCCUGAGCCGAAAGCAAGGAAAGAGCGAUCGGAUAAGGGAGUUCCGAGGGGUUUCAAGAAGAGUAACGAAGAGACGACCAAGGACAAGGGUAAGGGGAAGGCGUCAGAUGCCAAGGGUAAGGGUAAGAAGAAGUCCGAGGUUGAUGAGAGCGAGAAGGCGAAUAAGGGGGGCAAGCGGGGAAGAGAGACUAAGGUUAGUGUACUGCAGCCGAGGAAGAAGCAGAAGCUUGAAGAGAAGAAGAGCACGAAAGCUAAGAAGAACCCUUCGACGGUCACCGUGGUAAAGACCAGAUGAACAAAAGGUGGGAGCCUGAACACACAGUACAGAGUGCGUCAUAUGGACGGGGAUGUCAGUUCUGGGUAUAUUUGAGGGAUGCCAGACCCCUGGAUCUCGGUCUACCUUUGGCUUUAUCGGGCAUCUCGUAGUCAUUUUCUCUGAUAUUCACGAUCUCCAUUUUCCUCACUGCUCGAG